AAGUGCAGAUUACCCUACAGCAAAACCAAUCCAAGGCUAUUUUCGUCACUUCACAUAUCUUUAGGUUUUCAAGAAACAAAUACCCCUAAGAACCCAAAUCCAUUCUCCUCUUUCACUUUAUUCCUCACUGGUCAAAUCCCUAAUCGCCAGCAGCAGUUGUUUGUGAGAAAAAAGGAAGGUGAAGAAAUGGCAAAGUCAAAGAAUCACACAGCUCACAACCAGUCAUACAAGGCACACAGGAAUGGAAUCAAGAAACCCAAAAGCCAUCGUCACAGUUCCACCAAAGGGAUGGAUCCCAAGUUUUUGAGGAACCAGAGGUAUGCUAGGAAGCACAACAACAACAACAAGACUGUUGAAUCUGCUGAAGAGUAAAUGAAAUUGUUACAGUAAUGAUCUAUUGAUCAUGGCAGGCAAUGUUUGAUUUUGUUAAGAUUUGGUUUGACAUUUUCGUAUUUGUAGUGGAUAGUCAAGGUAGUAGGUAACCUUGAUUUGACUAUUAAUCUAUUGCUCUUUCAGUGAAAACAAUUUAAAGUAACGUCGUUUUCCUUGCAAUUCAUGUUAUGCUUAUUUAGCAGUU